AGGUAGAGCUUCACUGAUGAUGUUUUUUGCAACGUUACACCAGUAGGUCGGCGUUGUUACCGGAUGUAGACUCAUUUGCUAUCUCAGUCGUGGAUAACAAACUUAUCAACCACAUGAAUUCCAAGACCACUACUUCAGAGAGACGAGUGGCAGUGGUCACGGGGGCGAACAAGGGCGUUGGCUUCGGUAUUGUCAGAGCACUGUGCAAGCAGUUUAAUGGUGACGUCAUUCUUACAGCUCGAGAUGUUGACUGCGGUCAGCAGGCUGUCGCUGAUCUCAACCAGGAGGGACUCCGGCCUCGCUUUUUCCAGCUGGACAUCACCGACACCGGCAGCGUGGACGCCCUAGCAACGUUCCUGCGGAACAACUACGGCGGGCUUGAUGUCCUGGUCAACAACGCUGCUAUAAAAUUCAGGAGGAACGCCAAUGUUCCAUAUUCCAGAAGGAUUAAGGAAACGGUCGGAUGUAACUUCUUUGGCACUUUGUCUGUGACGAGGCGGCUGUGGUCUUUAUUGAGGCCUCACUCAAGAGUGGUGAACGUGACCUGCUCCUGCAUCAGCUCCAUCAUCGACGAGUUCUCCCAGGAUCUCCAGACACAGCUGCAGCAGCCGGACCUGACCAUGGCUCAGCUGGAACUUCUCAUACAGGACUACGUCAGGGACGGUGAGAUGGGGAUACACUUCAGGAGGGGCUGGCCGACAGACGAGUAUGCAGUGUCAAAAGUUGGCGCUUGUCUUAUGGCUGCCAUUCUGAGCAGGGAAGCCGUUGACGACUCGAGAGGGGAUAUUGUCAUCAAUGCGUGUUGCCCGGGUCACGUGAGAACUGAUAUGUCACGAUAUGAAGGUAGCCUCACGGAGGAUCAAGGGGCGGACACUCCCGUGUACCUGUCGCUUCUACCACCUAACGCUGCCAGCCCUAGGGGUCAGUUCCUGGCAAAGCGGACAGUGGUCAAGUGGUGGUGAUUGCCUGGAC